UAACAAACGGUUCAUGUUCUGUCGGUUUUCGUUUCUCGUGACCAGUAAAAUUUUAUGUAAAAAAAUAAAAUUGUAAAUAAAUUUGGUGGUGUGCAGUUGCAAGAAAUUAUGGAAGAAGUUGACAAUAUAAUAAUACAUACCUUACGUCAAAUUGGAUGUGAACUGGAUGAGUCUGUAUGCAGUUUAAAAGAAUUGAGCAUUGAUAAUGUGAUUGAAGCAACAUCUGUUUGUCUCCAUGUUAUUAAUGAAACAAAUCAAUUUUCACGAACACUUCCCCCAAGCAUGUCUGCAAGAUUCAGGCUUGGUACUGGACUUGCACAAGCCUGCCAGGAACUUGGUUUCAAUGGAAGCAUUGGUUAUCAAACUUUUCUUUAUCCAAGUGAAAGUGAUAUUAGAUCAUUGUUUAUAUUUUUGGUGGAGCAUUUACCAAAGGAAACUACUGAGGCAACGGAUGAACCUAUGGGAGGUGCUGUUCUUCUUAACAGAAGGAUUGCUAAUGAAUUGUCAAGAAUCUUAUCUGGAACAUGGAUUCUUCCAUUUUGUAAAAGAAGUGGUAUAAGAUGGAGUGGCCAGAACUGGCAUAGAGAGGGAAUCAAGGGAACUCACAUAUUUCAUUCAUCUACAUUGAAAUAUCCCAAAGGACUUGGAGAUUUAUCAAAAAAUCCCCAAAGGUUUGUUUUGAAGCAUUACUAUGAUUCAGCAGCAAUGUCAUUUGUGACAUCUCAGCCCAUGUCACAAUGCAACAUACCUGAUUCUAUUUUGGAAGCAAACUGCUUAAAGAUCACCAGUGAUCUUGAAUGGGAAAAUGAAUGGAAUCAAAGUGGUCUUGCAUCAGGUCUAACUCCAGAGGAAUAUAAAGCGAGAAAACAGGAAAGACUUCUGAAAAAGUUAUCAAAGAAUCUUCAGGCUGAAAUCCAGAAAGCGAGUUCAGUAACUACCAAAGGAAAUAAGCAAGAUUUCAACGAGAUGAUACGUGAAAUUGCAGAUCGUAAUUUGAAAGGAAGCCAUGAACAUGCGGGCUCAAGAUUUACUCGUUCUGAGAAACUUCAGUUUGCUCAGGAUGAUGACAAAGUGUUAGCAGGCAUUGCAAGUAUUAAUGAUAAUGUCUCACCUAAAUUGGACUCGGAGGAGGAGGUUCAAGCGCGUAGAAAAGACGAAAUGGAGAAAAUGCAAGGUCGCUUAUCGGAGUUGACAAAUCGCCUUGAAGGUUUUGAGAUCGACAUAAGAAAGUUUAAUGCUUCUAUUCAACAGACGAAAGAGCAAACAAAGAUGUUAGAAAGAAAAAAUAAAGAUGAGGCAGAAACUUAUAAAUUAAAGAAAAGAACAACUGAUUUACUGCCAGAUGCCAGCAACAAUAUUGCGAAAUUGGAGACGGUAGUCGAGAAUAGUUCUGGCAGAUUACUUACUCUUGCAAAGCAAUGGGAAGAACAUCGAAAACCUUUGAUUGAUCAAUAUCGAGAAAUGAAAGCUUUAAACAGUACAAGAAUGAGUGAGGCUCAAAAGAAAAUUCAGCAAAUCCGUGAACUUCGUGAAAAGAUGAAGGAGUCUGUUGAAGAAGUUCGCCAUAGGGAUGAAUUAUUAAAAGACUUGAUAACUGAGUAUGAAAACAUGAUAAAAGAUGUUAAUAGAUCAGCGUAUACAAAGAGAAUAUUGGAAAUUGUUGCCAAUAUAAAAAAACAAAAAAAUGACAUUGACAAGAUUUUAGAUGAUACUCGUAAUGUUCAGAAAGAUAUUAACCAACUGUCAGGAAAGCUUAGCCGUACUUUUAAAGUAACAGAUGAACUCAUUUUUAAGGAUGCCAAAAAAGACGAGGCAUGUCGUAAAGCAUAUCGCUAUUUAGCUAGCCUACAUGAAAAUUGCGAAGAACUGGUGCAAUGUGUUGAAGAAACUGGAGUAAUUAUGAGAGAGAUCAGAGAUUUGGAAGAACAGAUUGAUGUAGAAAACGAGAAAGAUACAAGCAGUAAUCUUGAAAAGAUCAGCAAGGAUUAUAAAAUCAUGAAAGAAGAAAAUGCUGCAAUGGUGAAAAAAUUAAAAUCUUUAUCAUAAUUAAUUCUUAUAUUCGUGUUCAAGAUACUUUUCAUUUUGAUUUCAAAACUGUUUAAGCAAAUAAUUCUGUGAUUUAUAUUGUUUAUCAACUCAAACGUUCAUUCACAAGAGAAAAUUUACAAAAGUAACCCAAUAUAAACGUUUGCAUAAAGUAA